UAACGAGACUGCAGAUAGUGGAGAACUCAUCACCGAAGGAUUCUGAUAAACACUGCCACCACCACUCAAUAUAAUAUUAUAAACGAUAUUAUGUUCAUUAGUAGACUAACAGUUCGCACACCGACACCAGUCAUUUGUACUCCUUUGCUGUUAACAGCUCUCAGGAAACGUUUUGAAGUCUUCGAAGCUAUGAGCCACUUGUCGUACGUUUCCACGGACUUGGCUGGUCCAGCGGUCGGCAUCUACAGCCAAGCAGUUAAGUACGGAGAUACAGUUUAUUUGUCAGGUACCUUGGGCUUGGAUGCUAGUACUGGUAAGCUGGUUGAAGGUGGUGCUGGACCCGAAAUAAAGAAGGCAUUGGAAAAUAUUAAGCAUGUUCUGGAAGCGUCUCAAUCGUCUUUCAGUUCAAUCGUUAAGACCACAGUUUUGUUAGCUGACAUAAAAGACGGCCCAACAGUGAACGAAAUUUACAAGCAAUUUUUUGUGCCGCCAUAUCCGGCUAGAGCAAUGUUUCAAGUGGCCAAAUUGCCUUUGGAUGCCAAAGUCGAAAUAGAAGUGAUUGCCGCGGUUAACAAGUAACCGCAAUAAGAAGAUUUAUUUUUAAUUUUGUUUGUUAAAAUGUUUUAUUCACUUGCUUUAAGCAAUGAAAAUAAUCUAAAUAUGUUAUUUACAAUAUAAAAGUGCUUUAUACACAUAAAAGCGAGGAUUUAAUGCGUAUCGAGGGAUAGAAGAAGUAUCUGUCGCAUCACAAUUGGAAAUGUGACAAAUUCAUAGUUUUAUGUUAUUUAUUUUGAAUACUUCAUAGGACUUUCUAAAAAACAUGCAAUAAAAUAAUAUUAUAACCGAG